AAUCGACUCCUCCCGGCGCCUGCUUGGGGGACAUUUAAAGACACUCUAUUGUCGGAUACCGCAGCCAGUUCGGAGGGUUUAAAUCCAUUCCUUCACUGCACGGUUAUUUUGCCCCAGUUACGCCCCUUUGUAAGUCCUGAGGUACUACAAAAAUUCGAGGACGACACAAUGUCGUACUUGGGGAGGGAAUUCCUCCAUCCAACUUUGGAAACCAUAUGGGGAGCGAUCCUGCUCAGUUGUUACAUGCGGUCGCACAAUCCAACUUGUAGCAAAGGCUCAUAUACUGACGCUGCCUUGGCUGCAAUAAUUACUACCACCCUAGUAAUUUCACACUGGUGGUUGAAUGGGCUGAACGAGCACGACGGACCCGGGAACGUUCCGGUUGUGAUGCUGCGGCAUAGACUUGCGGCUUGUAAAAUCUGUGAUCUUGUUCUUCAGGAUUCUUCCAAUACUCAGAAUCAAUGCCCUGGUGCGCCCUACCCUGUGGCGCAGCAAAUAGUGACCGCCGAGCUUCCAGCGAGCUUCCAUACAGCUGAACCAAUCGGCAGUAUGCCCACCGAGCAAGUUUCUCCCCGUCAAUCACAUGAAUUUGGUGGUACCGCUGAGAUGGACGAGCCUAGCGCCAGCGCGCCGUCAGGAAUGCAUGGUAUAGAAAACCUCGUCAUACCUAGAUCGAGCAGUCCUCCUGCGUUCGUACAUGGCGGUGUUCUCACCCCCAGCUCGGUGGAUGCGCCACUGCCUUCGCAUGCAUUGGCGGCCGCCUCAGCCGGCCCUUUCCAUCUCACCCAACCGAACAAUUCCAUGACAACACCAAACACCGUUGUCCCUGGUCAAGUGUUCCCCCUUCAGCACUUUAAUGCCGUUCAUUCCAACGUAGUUAAUGCUUCAACAGUUUACGGUCCCCCCGCAACAGAAUACGGAACCACAGCGCAACCUCCCCGGAGGUACUCGUACGCUGAGAUCGCCCGUAGGGGUUUGAAUCUCGCAUAAUCCUUGCGGAAUUAUAAUUAAUCCGCGAGACUGUGGUAAUACUAUUAUCUUUGAUGUGAUCCUUUCCCACUUACAUCCGCAGUGCGAGCGAUGCUGAAUUAUAGUGAAGAGUCCAGAUCAGACUUGAUCGUUCUCUUGUGUUGAUACAGUUUUAUACUUGGUUCGUGUUGACGGGUAUUUGAUUUUAUUCAGUCUGGUGGAUCUUUCUGUCCCGUAAUGUGUUCUUUUGUCUACCUAUGUACAUGAUGGAAUGUACUAGAACAGCUAGUGUGGUCCAAAGGUUCAAGAGGAGAUAGGGGACUUACCCUGCCAAUCUCACC